AUGCUUUCUUUAUUCGAAACAAUAUCUCUUAUUCAGAAUUCAAGAUAUAAUAUUAGUAUUGAGGAAAGUAGAUCAUUUAUUAAGAGAGCAUGGGAUAAAGUUGAAAGUGUAUUUACUCAAAGACAAGAAACUACAAUACUGCCCACGCAUUUAACGCAUUUCCAAGAGAUUGAUGACGAAGAUGAUGAAUUCAUUCAUUCAAACCCAUUCCAUCAGCAUAACAGAGAAUUAAUUUAUCGUGGAAGUUUACUUAAACGAAGAUUAUCUCAACACUCACAAGAACUUAUAAGUGCUAUUCCUGAAGAAGAUCCUAGUCCUUCAAUAGAUUGGAAUUCGAUGAAUAGUUUACAACAAUAUUUUUUUAUUAUUAUGAAUCAGAUCGAAACUUAUAUAUCUACAAGGAAAACUUUAAAGAGGUUAUAUGUUCUUUUGGAUGCUAGACAUGGAAUUAAAAUAGCAGAUAUUGAAUUUUUAAAAAUGCUUGAUGAGAAAAAUGUUACAUUCCAAAUAAUUCUUACAAAAUGCGACCUAGUAAUUCCACCUGAUUUAGCGCGUCGACAUUUUUUAGUACAAGAAACUUUAAGAAAUAAUUAUACAAAUUCAAUCGAUCCGCCUUUAAUGGUGUCAUCAGUUAGGAAAAAAAGUGGCAUCAUAAAAUUAAGAAAAGAAUUGUUACUUGUAAUUGGCGCAUUGGAUAAAGCGAGGGAAGUUAUGAGACGAAAAAAUACAUCAUUGAAAUUAAAUAAGGCAAAAGAUAAAAAUAAUAAUAAUAAUUAUAAUAAUAGUUUUGUUAAAAGUAAUAAUGCAAAAAAAUUUAAUCUUAUUCAGAAUUCAAGAUAUAAUAUUAGUAUUGAGGAAAGUAGAUCAUUUAUUAAGAGAGCAUGGGAUAAAGUUGAAAGUGUAUUUACUCAAAGACAAGAAACUACAAUACUGCCCACGCAUUUAACGCAUUUCCAAGAGAUUGAUGACGAAGAUGAUGAAUUCAUUCAUUCAAACCCAUUCCAUCAGCAUAACAGAGAAUUAAUUUAUCGUGGAAGUUUACUUAAACGAAGAUUAUCUCAACACUCACAAGAACUUAUAAGUGCUAUUCCUGAAGAAGAUCCUAGUCCUUCAAUAGAUUGGAAUUCGAUGAAUAGUUUACAACAAUAUGAUGGUUGGAGAAACGAUUUAUUAGAUAUUGAACAAUCUCAAGAAGUUAAUGUAAAAAAUAUGGUCGCUGGAUGGGCAAUGGGCGAAGCGA